UAGACCUAACUUUUUACAAACAACUCUAGAUCCUACCAAACCCACACACAGGUGAUCGCGAGCCCGCAAGAUCAGCCACGAUGUUGAAGAUAUGGUCUAUGAAACAACAGCAGCAACAAGCUGAGAAUGCCGAAGGAGCUGCCGGUAAAAAGAAGAAGAAGGUCACCGCCGCUCAGCUGCGCGUGCAACGAGACCUGCAAGAACUCACCCUCGGAAGUACAAUGAAAAUGUCCUUCCCGAACCCCGACGACAUCCUAAACUUCACUCUUACUAUCGAGCCGGACGAGGGCAUGUACAAGGGCGGCGCUUUUCACUUCAACUUCACCGUCAAUCAGAACUUCCCGCAUGAUCCGCCAAAGGUCAAGUGUACGCAGAAGAUCUACCAUCCGAAUAUUGAUCUUGAGGGGAAUGUGUGUUUGAAUAUUCUGAGGGAGGAUUGGAAGCCCGUGUUGAAUUUGAAUGCGGUUAUUGUGGGGAUGCAGUUCCUCUUCCUCGAGCCGAAUGCUUCCGAUCCGCUGAACAAGGAGGCCGCCGACGAUCUGAGACAGAACCGGGAGGCGUUCAAGCGCAAUGUUAGGACAUCGAUGGGUGGUGGUAGCGUGAGGGGGAUACAGUAUGAGCGUGUUAUGCGGUGA